AUGGGAGUUUGUAUAAGUAAUAAUUAACCAGCUUAACCAGAGAUUACAAUAGAUGAGAUGACAGCUGGAUAGUUGAAUAUACCUAUUGAAUCAUUUUAAAGUUUGGCAGUGGAAGUAGAUAAAAUGUGAGAACUAUAAUAGCCAAGGAGAGGAGAUAGAAAACGUUAAGCAAAAAUAGAAGUGAUUGUGGAAUAAAUUCAUGAGAAUGUAAUAAGAUAAGAGAAAGAAAAAAGUCCUUUUGACUUUUAGAUGAUUUUGAAUGCAUUUGGAAAUCAUUUUAUGUUUGCUUAACUUGAAAAUAAUGAUAAGUAAUGAUAAUGAUAAUAUAGAACAAAAUUAAUAGAGGAAAUGUAUUAUGUAACAUCAAAAGAUUAAGAGUUCAUAUUUAAGUAGGGUGAUAAAGCGACAUUAUUUUUCAUAAUUGGUAGAUUUGAUAAAUUAUUCAUAAAGAAAGAGGUUAAUGUCAGAUAAUAAUAAAUGAUGAUAAAAAGAGGAUAUUGAAAUAAU